AUGGGCCUUUCCAUCGAACAAAAAUAUAAUAUAUGUCUAAUGGCGGAAAAACAUCCGAGAUGGACUCAACUGGAAUUAGCACGUUGGGCGUAUGAAGCAUAUCAGUUACCUAAAUGCCCUUCUCAGGGAACUGUAUCUCGUCUGUUAGCAAAGAAAUCAGUAUUUAUGAAUACUCGAGGAUAUGAAAAGGAUGCUAACAGAUUACGAAAACCAAAUAAUAUGCUAGUUCGCCGAAUAUUGCAGGAAUGGAUUUCUCAAUCUAUAUGGAAUGGCAUUCCAGUGAUGCCUCCCAUUAUUCAAGAUACUGCACAAUCAAUAUGGCAUCGUAUUCCACCAGAGAUGCGUGAAGGUAAUGGUUCAUUUAGUUAUAAGUGGAUUUCGCACUUAUUAUCAACUAUGGAUAUUAGUAUGGAUGCAGAGCUGCGGAAACCACCUAAAGUCUGGACUUUUGAAGAGCGCUCUGCUUUGAAGGAGUUCUUAUCGCAGCUACCAGCAGAUGACCUCUUUACCCUUGAUGAGACAUUUUUGGCUUAUAACUUACCGUUAUGCUUCGAUCAAUAUGAGAAAUCAGAUGUUAGAAAGCGUAUGGAAGUUGUUACUGUUAUGCUUUGUGCCAAUGUGACAGGGAGUGAGAAGAUGAUGCCACUUGUUGUCGGAAAGUAUGAAAACUAUAUAAAUUUUAGGAACUACUUUCCAGAUGAGGGCAGUAAUUAUUCAGCUGGUAAUAAAAGGCCAGCUUCGCAUAGUGGCUAUAGCAGCGGUACAGGAGAUAGCACAAUUAGUGCUCAACGUACUAUGCAUUCGGGUUCGCGCCUGGGGGAACAGAUGGCUAAGAAAUUUGGUUUGACAUACUACAGUAACAGGAAGUCUUGGCUGACAAGUAAUUUGUUCCAUGAUUGGCUAAGCGCAUGGGACAAGAGACUGGUGGCAGAUAAUCGUAAGAUCUGGAUAAUAUUGGAUGAUUCGUGUUCGCACAGAAUUAUUAAUUUACAUCUGAAGAACAUUCAAUUAAUUUUUACCUCUGCAAGUUCUAGGUUUCUUCCCUUUAACUGGGGGGUCUUAGAUGAGUUUAAAACUGGAUAUAGAAUCCAGCAAUACAAGGCUUUAAUAGACCUGCAGGAGAAUCUCGCAAAGAAGAAUGGUGGAAUCAAACCCCUUCUCUCUUAUGAACAAUCCAUGUUAACAAUGUCUAAUGCAUUCAAAUUUAUUAAAGUCGCCUGGGAAGCUAUACCAACUGAUACUAUCAAAGCCAAUUGGAAAUCAUCGGGUAUAUUACCUAACAACUCUAUUAGACUAAACGAAUCUGUUAGUAUGGCAUUUAAGAAGAAUGAGGCUCUGGAGUCGAAACUAAAUUUACUAUGCCAGCGAUAUUUUUGUUUGAAAAAGUGGGAUUAUGAGAUGUUAUUGGACUUAAAUAUUGAGAACAAGAAUACUAACUUUUUAAGCUCCGAGGAGAUCAUCGAGAGUGCUAUUGUAGACCAAUGGGAACCUGAUGACAAUGAGUUAAGUUUUGAAGGCUCUGAUAACCAACUUGAUGUUACAUCUCAGGCUAAUGAACUCACUGACAGUCAAGAGCCAUUCCAUUUGGACUCGUUUGGUUCGCGCUCUCACCCUACUGUCAGAGAAGAGCAAUUAGCAGAAUCUGACAGCCCUCUUCAAACAUACACGCAAAAUCCGGAAAAUGCCAUGGAAAACACCUCAACUAUUGAUAAUUCAAACGACUUGAUUUCACCGAGGGGAGCAACUGUUAGCGCAUUGAUAGACAAAACAGAUGAAAUAUUUGUUAGCGCUAUGCAACAACAAAUGAUAACCCAUCAAUUUUUUGAUGACUUAUUUGAUUUGGAAAACCCUAUAACUGCGACAACUGCAACUAGUGGAAAUACUCCAUCUGCUAAAAUUGUAAUUAGCCGUACUCCAACACAUAUGUCCCAUAAAUCACACUCCGAUUCUCAAGAAGAAAAUUCACCACCAUUUGGUACUAUAUCACAUAUAGAUAAUUCCAGUCUCCCUCAUGUGCAUCAGGGAAUAGCAUCAGUACAAACAGGAGGAACAGUGUCAUCAGCACCACCAUCCACUACUGUGCCCGGCGAAAAUAUUGAUUUGGCAUUACCUUCACCCACAGUUUUGUCAUCUGACGAUCUCAAUGUUGAAGAUCUUCACAGUUACUUAAACCAACUAUCGACUAAUACUUCUGCUUCACUGAAUAGUGAAAGGUUAGUUAUGUUAGCAACACUACAAACCAAUGUUGAUAUUGCAAAGUCGAUGGCAAGCAUCUUGAAGCAUGCAGAAAUACGCGAAGUAGGAUUAUCUGAAAGCGCUUUAGCUGAAAUGAAAUCCAGCUACAAUAGCUGUCUCAAGAAGAUCAGGAAGGCUCGACAGUUUUUGAGUGUUGAAGAUAAACGAAAAAGAGAAUUAAGGCUUGAAACCCAUUUAUUAAAUUUGCCAGAAAAUAAGACCCAAGAUAUAAUGCAAACCUCUGUUAGCCAAUUACCUGUCGAUGGCAACCUUUUUUUCAACACUUUCCCAAAGCAUUCUAGCGAUAUUUCUCCAUCUAUGAUGCGUGAUACUUCACCUUCCUAG